AUGGAUGCAGCACUGGACUUCAAUCUACCUGUCCCGCCUCUGUGGCGCCUUGAGAGGGGGGUGGAUGUGGCUGCCGUCUUUGACAAUAGCAAAGCACAUCUGAUACUAGACACGGAUGAGAAGCUGAUGGGUCGUGAACUGACUCUGGCGGCAUUUAGUGCUAACCGCAAUGGGCAUUCGUUUCCGAAGUUAAAGCAGAAGUGUGUCUGGGAUGGAGGUGUGUUCGAUGGUCUUGUGAAUUUCUCUUAUGUUAUACUCUACCUAUAA